UUUGCUUCGCUUGCGAAACCCUAGAAAGGGCUCGAAUUGGGGAAGAAAUCGAUCUAGGGUUUCGAAAGAGAAGGAGAUCUGGGAGCUCUAGUGUUGUUCUUGAGAAGCAUCUGAGAGGAGGAGAUGGGUGAGCGGAAGGUUCUCAACAAGUACUACCCACCGGAUUUCGAUCCGGCGAAGAUCCCGCGCCGGAGACAGCCGAAGAAUCAACAGAUCAAAGUGCGGAUGAUGCUUCCGAUGAGUAUUCGCUGCAGCACUUGCGGGACUUACAUCUAUAAGGGCACCAAGUUCAAUUCCAGAAAAGAGGAUGUCAUUGGCGAGACAUACUUGGGAAUCCAAAUAUUCCGUUUCUAUUUCAAAUGCACAAAAUGCUCUGCAGAGAUUACAUUUAAGACAGAUCCUCAGAAUUCAGAUUAUGUUGUUGAAUCAGGAGCUGCUCGUAAUUUUGAGCCUUGGCGUGAUGAGGAUGAGGCGACAGACACAGCAAAGAGGAAGAGAGAGGAAGAAGAGAUGGGUGAUGCGAUGAAGUCAUUGGAGAAUAGAGCAAUGGAUUCUAAACAAGAUAUGGAUAUUCUUGCUGCACUAGAAGAAAUGAAGUCCAUGAAGUCUAGGCAUGCAACUGUGAGCAUUGAUCUUAUGCUUCAAGCUUUGCAAAAGCCAGUUAAUGAGAAGGAGGAAGAAAUUACGGAAGAAGAUGAAGCUCUUAUUAGAUCAAUUUACCAGGAGAGUUCACAAGGUGGUUAUCUUCGGAGAAUUGAUGAUGAUGAUGAUGAUGUAAAAGAUUCACAUCAGCCAUCCAAUAUAGCAGGUGAUUCAUCAAAUUCUGACACCAAGAUAAAACAUGCUUCAGAAAUUCUUGCUUGUGUGGGUAAUCCUACGGACACCUUGGCAAAAACUAGUAUUUUCAAUGCAUCUAAACGUGGAGACACAGUUGGCGCUUCAUCGCCUCUAAAGCCAAAAUUCAUGCUGAAGCCAAAGACAGUGUCAAGUGAUGCAAGGAAGAAACCCCGCACUGAACCUCCUGAAAACAACAAACCGAAAGAUGCGAACAAAAAUGAUGCGAAAGAAGGUGACACACCCACCGGGCUUCUUUCACUCUGUCAGAACUAUGACAGCGACGAAAGUGAGUGAUUGAUACGAUCAAGCUCUCUGGUAGUUGCCAGGAGUUAAAGAGUGAACUCACUGAAGAAGGUUCAGACAUGGAGGAAUGGGAGGGAUGAUGGCUUGGAGUUGGAGAAGAGUUGGAGAAGGUGUUCAAUGAUGCUAAUUCUAUGGUAUAAAAAAUAGGAAAAAAUAUAAAAAAAGGUUUCCGAGAUUCGCUAAAUAAGAAGUGAAGUUUUUUUUUUUU